GGAGCAAUUAGUUAUUAUAAGACAUCGAUAGGAUCGUUUGGAGGAGAAUUAAAAGGUGACGUAUCAACAUGCCUCAACUGAAACAGCCCAUGCCUCUGCAAGACAAGUGCUUACAGGAAUGUGUCAACCUUUAUUGCGGCGCAUGCGUGAGAUGGAUUUCGAAAUUGCUUCAGGCCCAAAUAUCUAGCAGAAGAGUUUACUUGAUAACGACACGGAGCGUUUUGGCUGAAUGCUGUCAGAUCCGAAGGAGUCUAUCAGAGCUUCCGUAUUUCGUAAUAGAAAUGAUGUCUCCUCAAUUAACGACUCUGACAGAUGGCCCUCGCUUCAUUGAGCCAAUACCUAACGUGACAGUCGCGCUAGGCCGAGACGCCUCUCUCCCCUGCGUCGUGGAGAACCUCGGCAGCUACAAGGUAGCGUGGAUCCAUAUAGAUCGACAAAUGAUCCUAACGAUACAUCGCCACGUGAUCGCACGCGUGCCACGUUUCAGCGUGUCUCAUGACAACCAAAAGACAUGGUUGCUACACGUGAGUGGUGUCCAUCAGGAGGACCGCGGGUAUUACAUGUGUCAAGUGAACACCAACCCCAUGAUCAGCCAAGUGGGAUACCUCCAGGUCGUAGUGCCGCCGAAUAUCCUGGACGGCAACAGCACGCAGUCAUCGGUGGCCAUUCGGGAAAACCAGAACAUCACGCUCACAUGCAAAGCGGACGGCUUCCCGACGCCGAAACUGAUGUGGCGUAGAGAGGAUGGGCAAGGCAUCAACAUCGAGCGGCGGAAGAAAGUGAACGUGUACGAUGGCGAGCAGCUGAACCUGACGCGCAUUAGCCGGACGGAGAUGGGCGCGUACCUGUGCAUCGCCACCAACGGCGUGCCACCGUCCGUCAGCAAGCGGAUCAUUGUCGACGUUGAAUUUUCACCGAUGAUCUGGGUGCCGAACCAAUUGGUGGGGGCGCCAGCUGGCACCAACGUCACCAUCGACUGCCACACCGAAGCGUACCCCCGCGCCAUCAGUUAUUGGGUCUACGAAAAUGUCAUGAUUCUUCCGACAAAAAAAUACGGGACUGAGACAACGGAAAACAGCUACAGGGCGCACAUGAAGCUGACGAUCCGAGACUUGAGGGAAAAGGACUUCGGCAAUUACAGGUGCAUUUCCAAGAACUCGCUGGGCGAGACGGAGGGUUCCAUCAGACUGUAUGAAAUCCCAAUGCCAUCAUCACCCCCAAAAGCGACAGAAGUUCGCAGCAGCGGAGCGAGUAAAGAAGACAAGCCGGCUUCGCGGAACGUCACCAAGGUCAUUGCGAUGGAUGACCACAAUAAACCCUUCUCUUCCUCCAGCUCGGAGAUGAAGCGCGACCAUUCGGGGACCCCGGACCGCCUCACCCCACCCCCAGACCCCCAGGGGGGCUCAGGCUGCUCCACUGUGCUGAGGUGGUCAGCGCCACGCCUCAUGCUGACCGGCCUGCUGAUGCUCCUGACCGGCCACUGAACUGCUCAACAUUCGGUCCGCUUGCUGACACCUCAACUAGGUCCCGUUGCUGCAGGAAGUGAGCGUGCUCAGGGAAAACGCCGUUGAUUUUGGGAAGUCAGAACACAGGACUUGCCGUGUGCUUGUUACAGUUUUGGGGAGAAUUACAGUUAUUCGUCCUUAUCAAAAUAUUAUCAGAAUCGUGAGAAUUUCUCUUUCGUUUCAUGCUACAAGUUUAACCUACCUAGUUUCUUGAUAUACCGUUAGGUAUAUUCGUGAUGCAAAAUUCAUCACAGAGUUACGCUAUGUUCCACGGUCAAUAUUAGCACCAUUAUGGAUCCCGUAUGAAGAACUGUGGGUCACAUUGUGCUGUACAAUAUGAUAUGUUAAGUCAAUGGAGUUUUCUUCGUUUAAAGUUUCUUUGAGAUACAGAACCUGUGUUUCAGAAAUGCUUCCCCUGUCUGCUAUGAAGAGCAUAUCACCACACAUUCACUCAUGCUUCAACCACUCAAGAUCUGAUAUUUCUCAGUUCGUUUGUGUAUAUGUAAUAUAUGUAAUAUGACAGAGAGGAACUGGAGGAACGCACCAAACUGAUGGCCUGGCAUGUCAGUUUCGAAUAUCCUAUCGCGAACCUAAUAAAGAAGAACACAGAAAUAUUAAGAAAUUCCCUCCAUACUUUUACCAGUAUAUACGGUAGCCACGGCUGUUAUAGUGAUGUGAAAGUGUUGAGGGAAAACUUUUGGGUGCUAUUAGAAUCCUCAUUUCCGAACUUCCUUUGUAAUUACAUCGGUAAAUUUAAAAUUCUUAAUUUUAAUAUCAGUCUCUUAUUUAAAGUUUUAGUUACUAUAUAUUGUUAUACUGACAAGGAAGAUGAUCUUAUCCUGGCAGAAAAAAACGGGUAUUUCUGCUUUUCUUACUUACAUUACCAUACGUUUUUAAGUCAAUUAAUACGAAGACAAAUGACACGGAAUUAUACUACGUAAGAAAUUUCUUUGCAAUUUAGAAAAUGAAACAUAAAAACACAGCCAUACUGAAAAUAUCAGCCUCGGUUUACUGCAAUAAACUAGAAGCCGGAUUAUCGCGGGUUCGAUUCCCGAUGAACUCAUUGCAUUUUACAACUGAUCUAAUCCUUUCAGGACCGCCUCUGUGGUC